CAUUUCCCCUUUACGUAGUCUGCGCGUAUAAAGACUACCCUCGUGUGAGUUGCAUUAUCCCUCUAUUACAGAUUAAAUCUCGACUACCUCAACUGAGAGUUCCUCAUAUUACUCAACACAAUGGCGAGCACACACAACCUUCAAGCUUCGAGGCUGUUCUCGGUCAAGGACUAUGUCUGCGUAGUCACUGGUGGUGGCUCUGGCAUUGGCCUGAUGGCUGCACAAGCAUUGGCCGCUAACGGUGCAAAGGUGUACAUCACAAGUCGACGCCAGGAAGUACUUGAAAACGCUGUCAAGUCUCACGACCCCAAGGGAACCGGCGGCCAGAUUAUCGCACUGAGCCCGUACGAUGUUACUAAGAAGACCGAUCUUGAGAAGAUGUUCGAGGAGCUGUCGAAGAAGGAGAAGUACAUUAACCUUCUCGUCGCUGCAGCUGGUAUCAGUAGUGGGAAGGCCGAGCCUGAUGCGGACAAGGCAACAGAAAUGAAGGCGAAGCUCUGGGACAACGAGACCUUUGAGGAUUGGGCCAACACCUACAACACUGAUGUCAGCUCCGUAUACUUCACUACUGUCGUCCUACUCCCUCUUCUCCAGGCAGGUACCGAGACUCACGGCCAUCUCUCCGCGUCAGUCAUCGUCAUCAGCUCUAUGUCUGGAAUCAUGCGCCACGCCCAAGGCCACUUCAGCUACAAUGCCGCAAAGGGCGGCACCGUCCAUCUGACCAAACUCAUGUCGGCCGAGUUCCAGCAACUGAGUGUCCGGGUCAACUCCAUCGCUCCAGGCUACUUCCCCUCGGAGAUGACUGCAAAAGAGAGCGACGAGAACCAGAAGAGUCAUGUGCCGGACGAGAAGAUCCAGGAGAAGGGCCACGUUCCUCAGGGACGAGCUGGCCAUGACGAGGAAAUGGCGCAAGCUGUGCUCUUCCUCACCAAGAACGCCUACGUCAACGGCGAGAUUAUCGCUGUCGAUGGUGGUGUUCUCAACGUUGUGGCCGGACGAUAAGCGACUCCGGUCGUUGAUGAUGAAUGACGGUAAUGCAUAAGGGCGGCGUCUGGCGGAUACAUAGAUAGCCAAAAAGGUCGACAAAGACGUAGCGAAACACAACGAAAAGCACACAUAGGAUGUUAAAAAAAGCAAUCAACAACGAAUA